UUUCUUUCUCUCGCAUUCUCUUUGUCUCCUGGGCUUUCUCCUUCCCAAUCCCUCUCCCACAUGCGACAGGGAGCGCUUCCGACUUCAACAAGCACGGCAACUUCCUGAUACAGUGGUUGUCGCGUCACGACCCCAAAUACCCCGUGCAGAGGAUGUCAAAACGUUGUCAUGGUGACCGUUCUGCAUUCUGUCGCAUGGAGGUGCUGCAGCAGUAUUGCUCUCUGCUGGGCUUCCAGCGCAUGUGCUGCAAGUCCUGCAAGGUUGGCAAUAUCACAAAGACCACUGUGACCACAAGUAAGCCACCAUCCAAAACGAAAAUCACCACCAACGGACGAUCCACCACAACCCAAAGUCCCACACGCACAGAGUCCACCACCGUGUGGACCUCCACAGCAGCCUUUUUGCCGACCACAGAAGGGAAAAGUGCCACAUCUGUGAGCACACCUUGGUUAUAUACUAUUUUAGCAAUGUCGCCCUUUUAUCCAUAUACUACAACUCCUAUCUAUAAGCCCGCUACUCCAGAACAGAGCACAUCCUUUGCCAUUACUACACCAAGUAGGAUCACAUCUGCACCUGCGGACGUGACCGAAUUACCUGUUAGCACUGUUUCUGCAGCUACAAGGAUCACAUCUGCACCUGCAGAUGUGGCAAACAGCACCGAAUUACCUGUUAGCACUGUUUCUGCAGCAACAAGGAUCACAUCUGCACCUGCAGGUGUGGAAGACAACACCAAAUUACCUGUUAGCACUGUUUCUGCAGCAACAAGGAUCACAUCUGCACCUGCAGGUGUGGAAGACAACACCAAAUUACCUGUUAGCACUGUUUCUGCAGCAACAAGGAUCACAUCUGCACCUGCAGGUGUGGAAGACAACACCAAAUUACCUGUUAGCACUGUUUCUGCAGCAACAAGGAUCACAUCUGCACCUGGAAAUGACGUGACCGAAUUACCUGUUAGCAAUGUUUCUGCAGCUACAAGGAUCACAUAUGCACCUGCAGAUGUGGCAAACAGCACCGAAUUACCUGUUAGCACUGUUUUCCCAGUAAUUUUCAGUGAUCUGAAUAAUGGCACCACCAUCCAGUUUAAAGAGUUUGAUGGGAGUAGUGGUGCACCAGAUGUAGACAGCAGUGCGAUAUUGCAGUCAACAACAGUGAAUGGUGUGAAUGAAAAGGAAUUGACAACCUCGGUCAAUAUGGAUGUCAGCAUCCCAGUGACAUCUAUAUCAGAGGUGCUAACAACCACUGAAGAACCUGCUCCCCUGGUACCAACUGCUGUAUCUACAACUUCCAGUACACCGCUGUCCAGUACAACAGCAUCUGGAACAGAGAAGACAAGCGGAUGGCCAAAUAAAGUGGAAGAAGUGAGUGAGAGCAAUGCUAUUGAUAUACCGUAUCGAAUAAUCCCAUUGGACAAUGAAUUUCCUGUGAAUAACAUCAUCCCCAGGAGAGGACGUGUGUUUCUGCGUGAGAAAACACGGAAUAAGCGCAUCCAGGAACUGCUUGAGGAGAAGCGAAACUUUUUGAGACGGAUGAAAAGAGCCCAGGGGAUUUGAACCCUGUCCAGUUUCUCUUAUAGAGAUACAGCUGCCAAAUGCAACUUCUGAAUCUAGACUUUAUUUUGGUGCUUGGGUCAAGAACUGGAAAAUGGCCAAAAUAUUGCUGUGAACUGAUGCUUUCCCCUCUUUUAAUGAAAUGGCAAACUGAUCUUUGUGGAACAAAACCACUAGCAAGUGUUUGCAUAGUUGCUUUGAACCUCAACAAUGUCCCUUUAGGAGGUUUCACUGGAGGAUCUUCUAAUUCAAAGUGAUUUAUCAUUUUAAAGGAUUAGUUCAGCCA